UCAAGAGCUGUUUCUUCUGGGUUCAAACACUCAGACAGAAUCUCAGUCAAGAUGUCCACCGCCGAGCAGGACCAAAAAGUUAUCAACGAUGGGGCCGUGAUCGAGUCCCAAGGCGAGCAGACGAAGCCUGUUUCGUGGUUCACGAGAUGGUAUCGCAGUCCUCUGUUCAACGUCAUCAUUGUCGGUCUCAUCUCUUUUACCCAACCUGGUAUUUGGAGUGCCCUGAACAACACAGGUGCUGGCGGUCAGCAAGAACCCUACCUUGUCAACGCCUCCAACUCUCUGACUUUCGGUAUCAUGGUCUUCGGCUGCCCCCUCUUCGGAAUCCUCGCCAACAAAAUCGGCGUCAAAAAGGUCCUCAUCAUCGGUACCCUCGGUUACGCCCCCUACUCGGCCUCGCUCUACGUCAACAACCGCUACGGCACGGAAUGGUUCGUCCUCUUCGGCGGCGUAACCUGCGGCAUCGCCGCCUCUGCCCUCUGGGCCUCGGAAGGCGCCAUCGCCCUCGGCUACGGCGACAUCAAAGAUCGGGGCAAGUUCACCGGCAUCUGGCUCGGCCUCCGCGAACUCGGCCAGCUCAUCGGCUCCUCCAUCCAAAUGUCUCUCAACGCGGGCAAGGACUCGUCCACAAGAGGCAAAGUAGGAUACACCACCUACCUCGUCCUCAUCGCCCUCCAAUGCCUCGGUCUCCCAUUAUCCUUCCUGUUAUCCCCACCCCAAAAGGUCAUCCGAAGCGACGGGACAUCCCCAAGAGACCCAACCAUAGGCAAGACCUUCCGGGAAGAAACCCGCAAGAUCUGGGCGUUGAUGAAGCGCAAGCAAAUGUACCUUCUCAUCCCCAUCCUCGUCGGCUUCCAAUGGAACACGACCUACCUCGGGAUCUACAUGACGAAAUACUUCUCCGUCCGCGCCCGCGCCCUCGGCUCUCUCACCGCCGGCAUCGCCGCCACAUUCGCCAACAUCUUUUGGGGGUGGUUCUACGACCUGAAAUGCUUCUCCCGUCCAACCCUCGCCAAGAUCUGCUGGGCUUCCUUUGUUGUUCUCAUGCUUGGGUCAUUCGGCUGGCAGGUCUCCAACGAGAAGUUAUACGGCGACUCCAACCCCCGCAUCACCCUCGACUGGGACCUCCCCGGGUUCGGGAGGGGUUUCGCCAGCAUGGUCAUGCUCCGGUUCUUGAACGAGAGCCACUACAUGUUUGUGUACUGGAUCGUGGGGGCCUUCUUUGACGACAUUGAGACUCUGACGCUGGCGGUGAGCAUUGUCCGGACGUUUGAGAGUGUGGGGUCUUGCAUUUCGUUUGGUAUCGGUGCUGCUAAGGUGCCGCCUAUGGUCAACCUCGUCAUCUCGUUUGCCAUGUUUGGGUUCACCAUUCCGGCGACGUCGGCGGUGGUGUUUAUGGUGCCGGAGAGGCCGAUUGACUUGCGCAAGGUCGAGGCUGGUGGGAUUUCGGAGGGUGACACUGGCAGUGUGGGUGCGAGUGAGGAUUUUGAUGAGAAGAGGGCUGUCAAGGCUUGAGCAAAAUGAGUUGAUGAUGUGUAUGAUGAUGUUGGGGCGGAUCUCCAAAUAUGAGAUGAUAAUGAUGAGCAACUGUUGCGCAUAGAUAGUCAUAGAUAC